CGGCCUGGCGCCGACGGGACGUGGCUGCGGACACGGAGAGCGAGGCGCCGCCUGCGAACCAUCUCCACAAGAUGUCGACCUUGCGAACCUGGGUGGUGCAGACUUUGCUGCUUCUCCUCACCACUGAGUCCCAAGGCAGCCUCCUGGACCUGUGCGGCUCCAUCGAGCCCGAGGCCCCGGUCGUGCAGCUGGGCUCCAGCUUCACUGCCGUCUGCGUGCUGAAGGAGAGGUGCAUGAGCAACUUCCACGUCAGUGCUGACGACAUCUUCUGGAAGACCAACCACGUCACCGUGCCCCACGAGCAGUACACCGUGCUGAACAGAACGGCCUGCAGCGUCACCUUCGCCAACGUGUCUUCACUCAGCACCCAGCUCACCUGCAACAUCCGCACGUUCGGGCAGAUCGACCAGAACGUGUAUGGGAUCAGCGUGCUCGCAGGCCUGCCUCCAGAACAACCCAGCAACUUGAGCUGCAUCGUGAACGAAGGGAAGAACAUGCUCUGUCAGUGGGACCCUGGGCGGGAGACCUACCUGGACACGAACUUCACCCUGAAGUCUGAGUGGGCCACAGACAAGUUCCCCGACUGCAAAACAAAGCGUGCCACCCCCACCUCCUGCACCGUGGACUACCCCCCCGUGUACUUCGUCAACAUCGAGAUCUGGGUGGAGGCCGAGAAUGCCCUCGGGAAGGUCACGUCGGAUCACAUCAACUUCGACCCUGUGGACACAGUGAAGCCCCUCCCACCAAGCAAUCUGUCCGUCAGCAACUCGGAGGAGCUGUCCAGCAUCCUAAAGCUGACGUGGAUCAACUCGAGCAUCAACAAGCUGAUCAGACUGAAGUACAGCAUUCAGUACCGGGCCGCGGGGGCCUCCACCUGGAGCCAGAUCCCUCUCGAAGACACGGCGUCCACCCGCUCUUCCUUCACGGUCCAGGACCUGCGGCCGUUCACGGAGUACGCGUUCCGGGUCCGCUGCAUGAAGGAGGACGGCAAGGGCUUCUGGAGCGCCUGGAGCGAGGAGGCCCGCGGGAGCACGGCCGAGGACAAACCAUCCAAGGCACCAAGUUUCUGGUACAAGAUGGAAUCGUCCCCUGCUCAUGGACACAGAACUGUGCAGCUGGUCUGGAAGACAUUGCCUCCUUUUGAAGCCAAUGGAAAAAUCUUGGAUUAUGAAGUGACUCUCACAAAAUGGAAAUCACGUUUACAAAACUACUACACAGUUAAUGACACGACGCUGUCAGUAAACCUCACCAGCGACCGCUACAGAGCGACCCUGACGGCCAGGAAUCGGGUCGGGAGGUCGGACGUGGCUGUGCUGACCAUCCCUGCCCGUGGCUUUCAAGCUGCUCACCCCGUACGGGAUCUGAAAGCCUUUCCCAAGGACAGCAUGCUGUGGGUGGAAUGGACGGCGCCCAGCGAGCCCGCCAGCAAGUACGUGCUGGAGUGGUGCGUGCUGUCGGACACGUCGCCCUGCGUCCCGGACUGGCAGCAGGAGGCUGGCUCUGUGCGCCGCACUCAUCUGACAGGGGACCUGGCAGAGAGCAAAUGUUACUUGAUAACCGUCACCCCAGUGUAUGACGAUGGCCCGGGCGCCCCCGAGUCCAUAAAGGCCUACCUGAAACAGGCUCCACCUUCCAAAGGACCUACUGUGCGGACCAAGAAAGUGGGGAAGAAUGAAGCCGUCUUAGAGUGGGACCGGCUCCCCGUUGACGUGCAGAAUGGCUUCAUCAGGAAUUACACGAUAUUUUAUAAAACCAACAUUGGAAAUGAAACUGCUGUGAAUGUGGAUUCGUCCCACACAGAGUACACUCUGUCCUCGCUGACGAGCGACACGCUCUACAUGGUGCGCAUGGCCGCCUACACCGACGAAGGCGGGAAGGACGGGCCCGAGUUCACCUUCACCACGCCCAAGUUCGCUCAAGGGGAGAUUGAAGCCAUAGUCGUCCCUGUCUGCCUAGCGUUCCUGUUGAUCACCCUUCUGGGAGUAUUGUUCUGCUUCAACAAGCGAGACCUGAUUAAGAAGCACAUCUGGCCUAACGUUCCAGACCCGUCGAAGAGUCACAUCGCCCAGUGGUCCCCACACACGCCUCCCAGGCAUAACUUUAAUUCGAAAGACCACGUGUACUCGGACGGCAACCUCACUGACGUGAGCGUGGUGGAAAUCGAAGCUAAUGACCAGAAGCCUUUCCCCGAAGACCUGAAGUCCUUGGAUCUGUUCAAGAAGGAGAGAGCGAGCACGGAGGGGCACAGCAGCGGCAUCGGCGGGUCCUCCUGCAUGUCCUCGUCCAGGCAGAGCGUCUGCAGCGGCGAGGAGACCGAGUCCACGCAGAGCACGGCCAGCGCCGUGCAGUACUCCACCGUGGUGCACAGCGGCUACCGGCACCAGGUGCCCUCGGUGCAGGUGUUCGCGCGCUCCGAGUCCACGCAGCCGCUGCUGGACUCCGAGGAGCCGCCGGAGGAGCUGCAGCUGGCGGACGGCGCCGGCCCGGCGCCCAGGCCGCAGCACUUCCGGCCGCAGUGCGCUCAGCCUGGAGCCGGCCCCGACGGCCUGCCCUUCGAGUGGCCGGAGCAGCUGUCCCCGGGUGGCGAGGACGACUCGGUGAGACUGAAGCAUCAGCAGGUUGUGGAUCCGAUCGCGCAGGCCUGUGGGGCUGGGCAGCUGAAGGCGUGUCCCGAGGCCCCCGCGGCAGCCGCUUCCGAGGGCCCCCUCGCCAGGCUGGGGACGGUGGGGGUGGAGGCCGCGCUUGAUGAGGGGCUGCCGAAAAGUUACCUGCCACAGACCGUGCGGCGGGGCGGCUACGUGCCCCAGUGAGCACCCAGCCCCCGGGCGGCUGAGCUGCGCCGACUCAGUGCCUCGCAGUCGCUGGGGGUGGCCACCCGCCGCCGGGACGAGCCAUCACGGGGGGUCAAGCCAGCUGCCACCAGGACGAGGCCCCGGGGCUCCCACCCUGGAGGCCGGGCCACGCACACACUACAGAAACUCGCCGUCCGCCUCUCCGCCGGGCCUUUGCACUGAAGAGGAGCAGCCGCUCUCGGACCUGACGCGUCGCCGGCUGCAGAGCGCGGGGUUCACGAUGAGCGUCGCACUGCACAGCUGUGCUGAUGGUAACGCGAGGCCUCACCCGGAGCGGCCGCGGGAGAGGUGGUGCGGGGCCUGGGGCGCGGUCGGGACCCUCUGCCUCAGCCGAGGACAGAACUUUAAACAGGCCAGGCGGCCCCACUCGAUGAGCCGACUCUGUUCUCUGACCCUCCCCCCAAACAACGGGGCUCGUGUGUUAUCAUACCAACGUAUAAAAUCCCUUGUCUUCCAUUGGUCGCGAUGCUGCCAGUCAGGAAUUCUGGCGUUUUACCUCGGCAAAUUAAAAAUACUGAUUUUUGAAUAUUAUAUAAUCAAUAAUCGAGUGAGGUUGUCAAGAAGUUGUGUCACCGUUGAUCGCCGCUCUGAAGACGCAGCUCGCUCUGGGGCCGGGGAACGGCCAGGAGCGCACGCUGUCGGGCGUCCACAGACCCCUCGCCACCUAGGAAGGCUGCUGUUGGACACUGCUGACCCUUGUUACGGUUCAGAGACUUCAUGGACGAAGCGCUUCAUACGGUGUCUUCAGCUUCGAGUGCCGUUCCCUUGCUGGGCUCAGCUUUCGUGUUUAAGUAGGCCAAGGUUUAAAUUCUCCUUUCUCUCUAGUGGGUGUUUGAAGCAAACUUAAGUUCGAGGGCGCGGGCCGUACUCACCAGAACAAACCGCCCCCAGCCUGCGCACUGGUCCAGGGAGCCCGCCGCCACUCCAGUUCCUGCCGGCUCUGCGCGUGGGUCGAUCUCCCUCGACGGCCAGGGCUGAGCCAGGGUCCCCUUUGCGUCCGCUCGCGCCGUCACCUUUGACGACGCAGGGGCUAAACACGGCUGAGUGAGAGAAACUCACGAAUCGUGACAGUGAAUUUGGAGAAAAUAGGUUUAGUUCUGCCCUUGAAGCCACAGAACCCAGGCAGCCUGAAGUGUCUCCCAGAGCAGAGGUCAUUGAAGAAAUGCCUUAUAUUCACGGUCGGAACAGAACUCCACUCCUUUCAGAACUUGGUUCCCAUCUGGUGUCUCGUCCUCCUUUGCCCUCUAGUCCUGCCCGGUGCUCUUUGGAGCUCUUGGUGUGGACGGUCUUCGGGGGACAGCUGGAGCUUCACGCUGACACGGCCAGCUCUGCUCGGGCACAGCCAGCGUGACGGCACCAGGAAGGCAGCAGGAGGAGCGGACGGGGAGCACGGGCCCCGAGAAGCCACGCAGGGGCAGCACCCCAGGCUCGCACCAGCCGGCGAGGCGUCGCCAUCUGAGUGUGGCGUCGGGGGCCGGGCCGAACAGCCGAGGCGUGCCUCGUGAGAUGUCUUUUGAGAAUCUUGUGUCUUCCACCUCAUUUCCUGAGAUCAGCAGCCACGUUACUGUGAUCACCUGACUCGUAACCUUCCGCGUGGCAGACGCAGGGCAUGAACUUGGCGCGUGGACUCGGCGCAGGAGAGGGAGACACUGAAGGUGGGGCGUCUCCCGAGCAGGUGUCUCCGUGGGAAUUUGCACAGAACGUGAUGCGGGGAGGGGUCCCUGCCCCCAGCCACAGAGCACUUUAGACAACGGACACAUGGUGUCUGUGCAGAAACCUACUCAGAAAGCAAACGUCUGCUUGAUCACUGACGUGAAAUAGGCAUCCUCACCCCCAAAAAGGAAAUUCGUGAAACUUUAAAAUACAGAAUGACUCUGCUAAGGCAUGUCUUGAACUGUCUGUGUUCUGAUGCAUGUAAAUUGUACUCAGGUGGGCAGGGAAACCGAUUCCAGUUCAUGUGACAUGUAGCCUGCCUGUGAAGUUAGUCGCUGACCCCUCAUUAAAUCUUCAGCAUCAAGCACUGCAUUGAAAGUGAUGCUGGCGCAUCCGCCGCUGGAGGUCUGGAGGGCACCUCCCACGGGACUGGCAGAACGAGCCUCGUGCGUCCUGGCACGGUCUGCAGACGAGUCCUGUCCUUAACGUGGAUCCGGUGGCAGCAAGCGUCCCCAGCAUGCAGGCGGAGAAAAAGCAGACUGCUCACUCGGCUCGCGUUCCUGUCUGCCCUCUGCCCCUGGCCGUCCCUUUCCACCAGACUCGGACGGGAGAUGGUGCCCAUGGAGUCACCCAGGGACCCCAGCCUAUUGUGAAGGUCAAGGGCAGUGAACUUGAGACAGUCUUUUAAAAUGUGUGUGUGCGAGGUCACGUGUAGGGUGGACAUCUGCAGGGAGGCUGAGCCGGCAGCAGAGCCUGCCGUCCCGGGCGGUCCCGGCCGCAGCUCCUUCCGGACUGUUGCCGUUCAGGUGCAGGUCAGAACCUUUCUCAAGGCCAAAGGUAGCACCUUUUGGAUCAGCAUGUUUGUCACAGGCCACCAGGUGUCGCCCCGUUCCUGAAGUUCAGGAGCUGGGAGUCAGUUCUUCCCGAGGUGGUUUGUCCUCACCGGUCCCUCCGAGUUCAUCGGUGGCGGUGACCAGGGGCUCCGGCUUCUGCUCCUCAAACACAAGCUUGUUGAAUGGUCACUGUGUUUCCAACACCUGCACGGACAGAGCGCUGUCACAGCCGAGGGCGUGUGAGAGGUCGGCAUCUGAGUCCUCCCGUCCUGGUGCGUGUGUGUGCGCGUGUGCGCGUGUGUGGUUGGCCGCUCUGCGGCCCAGACAGCAUCAGGCGUGUCCCCUGCGUCGUCGGCCCUCGCCGUGAGCGCCGUCCUUCCAGGCCGCUUCCCGUCUGGGUCUUGUUCGUCCUCUUGCCUUUGUAGGGAACUGCACGCGCUGAUGUAGCCACAGCUGUUGUUCUUUUGUUGACAUAACUCUAAAUGUUACCGUAAACGUACACUUAGUAUCACCUGUAUUCCUUUCAGUAGAUGUAGGGAAUAAAUUCUUAUUUGGA